AUAAAUAACCUAGAGAUUUAGAGUAUUUGGGACAUACAAAUUUGACACCAUAGUAUACGCACCAGAGUAUAUUAGGGACUUGGACAUGAGCAGAUUUUGGUAUCCGUAGGGAAAGAGGCGGGUGUCCUGAAACCCUGGAGGCUUGUGUUAAAAUGCUGUUUGCGGCUCGCCAUAUUGUGCGGCGGCGCCGGCGGCCCGCGGCGGCUGAUAGACCAGCGGAGCCCCAGGCUGAGGCAGGAUCCUCAAUGUCUCAGGCUGUGCAGACAAACGGAACUCAACCAUUAAGCAAAACAUGGGAACUCAGUUUAUAUGAGUUACAAUGAACACCCCAAAAAGAAAAGAAAAGAAAAACCGAAAUUGUGGUUUCACCUCGAAGUCUACACAGUGAAUUAAUGUGCCCAAUUUGUUUGGAAAUGUUGAAGAACACCAUGACUACAAAGGAGUGUUUACAUCCUUUCUGUGCAGACUGCAUCAUCAUAGCCCUUAGAAGUGGCAACAGAGAAUGUCUUACCUGUCGGAAAAAACUAGUUUCCAAAAGAUCACUAAGGCCAGACCCAGACUUUGAUGCCCUCAUCAGCAAAAUUUAUCCAAGUCAUGAUGAGUAUGAAACUCAUCAAGAUAGAGUAUUAGCCAGGAUCAGCAAGCACAAUAAUCAGCAAGCACUCAGUCACAGCAUUGAGGAAGGACUGAAGAUACAGGUUAUGAACAGACUGCAGCGACGCAAGAAACAACAGAUUGAAAAUGGUAGUGAAGCAGAAGAUAAUGGUGACAAUUCACACUGUAGUAAUGCCUCCACACAUAGCAAUCAGGAAGCAGGCCCUAGUAACAAACGGACCAAAACAACUGAUGAUUCUGGGCUUGAGCUUGAUAAUAACAAUGCAGCAAUGGAAAUUGAUCCAGUAAUGGAUGGCACUAGUGAAACUGAAUUAGUAUUUAGGCCUCAUCCCACACUUACGGAAAAAGAUGACAGUGCACAGACAAGACACAUAAAGACUUCUGGUAACGCCACUGUAGAUCACUUAUCCAAGUAUCUGGCUGUGAGGUUAGCUUUUAAAGAACUUCGAAGCAGGGCUGGGCAUGGUGAAUCAAACCAGAUGAACCUUGAUACAGCCAGUGAGAAGCAGUAUAACAUUUAUAUAGCAAGAGCCAGUGGCCAGUUCCCUCUAUUAAAUGGCUCUCUUUCUUUGGAAUUGGUCAGUGAGAAAUACUGGAAAGUGAACAAACCCAUGAAACUUUACUAUGCACAUACAAAGGAGCACAAAUGAGCUUUUAAAAACCAAUUGUGAGACUGAACUUUUUUAUAGCCCAUUUAUUUAAUAUUAAAGAUGUACAAGCAUUACUUCUAUGGACAGAUCUUGGAUAUGUUGUUCAGUUUUCUUUCUGAGCCAGACUUGUUUACGCUAUUCAAAUAUUUUCCCCUUAAGAUUUCCUUUUUGGAAGGGACUACAAUUAUUCAGUACUUUUUUCUUUUCCUUAAAAAAAAAAAAUUUAAAGUUUCUUGUGGUUUUUUUCCCCACAAAGUGUGGUUCCAUUUUGAGCACCCUUUGAUCCAGGAAUUUUUCAUAGUUUCUGUAUUCUUAAAGAUUCAGUUGGCUGUCCUUUUCUCGCUCCCCUCAAAAGAUUUUUAGUCAUACAGAAU